AUGCAUGGCUGCCAAGAUGGCGGCCAUGGGCUGAAGCAGACAGAGUUUCGGGAGAGGUAUGUGCAAAUGCUUGACCAGAUUGCCCGGCAAAUGAUUGAUUUCUACAAAGAUGUGGUAACUCAACGAGUGAUGGACCAGCGUAUUUUAGAAGAAUUGUAUAAUUUCAAGCAUGUUAUUGAGGAACUGACCAGGGAACUGUGUCUGGUUCGGGCACAUGAUGUGAAAUUAACAAAGGAAGCAGAAAAGGUUCACAAGAAUUUGGCACAAGCUCUUUUAGAUGCUGAAAAGAAUGCCAAAAUUGUAGAAGAAUACCAUGACUUAUAUACAUUACAAAGAGAAAGGAUGGAGAAUGAUAUUAAACAGUUAAUGGCAGAACGAGAUAUCUGGAGCUCAGCCACAUAUGAAUUGUCCCUAAAGGUAAUUGAAAGAAAUAGAGUCAUACUGGCUAAAAGACUUUAUCUUAAUGAAAAAGCCUGGAAUAAAUACACUAAGCAUUUCAUCAUACUGCUGUCAAACAAGGAUACUGAAGACCUUGCAGUAUUGCAGAAAUUGACACAAAAAUGGAGAGACUUAAUGAAUAAAUUUAAACAGGAGGUAGAAGAAAGUGAAGAGUCUACAAAAGAGACAUUGCAAAUUAUUAAAGAUGGCCUUAUCAAAUGGCAGCAGUUCUUUGAAAAUAACAAUGAAAAAGACACUGUACCCCCUAAUAAGGAGAAUAUAGUUAACUUAAUUAUUUCAGAUUUCAAGCAGUGGCAGAAGGUGCUGAAUGAGGAGCAAGAAAAGCUUACUGGGGAUCUUCUGUUGUCAAAAUAUGAUACUCUCAAGAUUAUUAAACAUUUACAGGAAAAUUGGACAGAUAUUGGGCUUGGGAUAUUUGGUCGUCAUAAAAGUUUGGAGGGGGAGAUGCCACCAGAGCAACAGUAUAUGGAGGAAAUUAUCAAAAACAUAGGAAAACUCUACAAAGAUUAUGAAGUAAGAAUAACCGGGGAAAAUGGUAUUUCUAAAAUUCUUCUGAGUGUGAUUAAUUCUCUUGACUUCUGCUCUUUCAAGUUGGAAAACUUCCUGGAGUUUCCUGAUAUGCCUCUUGAAGAAUGGCAGGGAGUUAGUAAAAAAAUUAAUGAAAUUAAAUCACAGUUGGAGACAUUGAUAAGCAUUAUUGGUAUUGUCCCACAGUUCAUAGAUGUAGACCCUGGCCUGGUACUCCAAACAUAUAUAUUUAACAUGAUUCAACAAUGGAUUUUGAAGAUAGGCAAUGAAAUAAACAAUGGUAACAUUGAACUUCAGCGCUACAUUGAUGAGUUGCAUAUAUCUAUGAUCCAGUGGAUGGUAAAUUUGCUGAUUUUGAUGAUACCUGACUUUACUGACCAAGACAGUCCCCCAAAGUUGGAGGAGGAAAGUGUUGAGAAACAUGAUGUAGGAGUUGCACAAUUAGAGCUAGGUGCGAUUGAACUGACAAGAAAAUUGUCCCAAUACUCCAGUUAUUUGAGCAGUUGUUGCAAAGCAAUGUCGCUGUGUAAAGCAAUUAACUCACAAAAAAGUGCUACUGAAGAACUUUAUGAACUGGAUAAUAUGAAG